AUGAGCAGUUCUUAUCUGGGAAGCAAGAUUUCCGACCUUCAGGAAAGGCUAAAGAAAGAAAAUGAAAUGAUCAACGUUGAUACUUCAUUAAUUGAUCAGUCGAAUCCUUUCGCUGCGGGUUCACGCCCGGGGUCUGGUAGAAGACCACAGAUAUUGGGAAAUGUGGGGACUCCAACAAGAACUAGGAAACCAUAUGACAUCCCAGGAUCUAACUUUGUACCUCAUUCUACUGUUGAUCAUGUCGAAAUUGACAAUAAAAUGAAAGAAAUAAUGGAAAUGAGUGGAGUAAUAUGCAUUAAUGGACAGAAAUACAAAACAAACAUCGAAGAUCUGGAACCUCUUGGGGAGUUGGGUAGUGGAACUUGUGGACAUGUUGUCAAAAUGCUUCAUAAACCCACCCAAUGUGUCAUGGCAGUUAAGCAAAUGAGGUGGUCAGGCGAUCUUGAGGAGAAUAAACGUAUUACCAUGGACCUUGACGUAGUUCUUAAAUCCCAUGAUUGUAACUACAUAGUAAACUGUUAUGGAGUUUUUAUCAAUGAUGCCGAUGUUUGGAUAUGCAUGGAACUGAUGGCAACUUGCUUCGAUAAACUACUCAAGCGUCUCUCAUCGCCAAUACCGGAGGAUAUUCUUGGCAAGGUUGCCCUGGCUACGGUCAAAGCUCUGCACUACUUAAAAGAACGCCAUGAUGUGAUUCAUAGGGACAUAAAACCUUCGAAUAUCUUGCUCGAUUCUCACGGAAACGUGAAGCUGUGUGAUUUUGGUGUUUCUGGGAGGUUGGUCAAUUCUAAAGCGAAAUCCGGUAAUCCUGGAUGUGCUGCUUACAUGUCUCCUGAGAGGAUCCAGCCGCCGAACGGAAGCCCUGACUAUGAUAUCAGAGCGGAUGUCUGGUCGUUGGGGAUCACAUUAGUGGAACUAGCGACUGGCCAAUUUCCAUACACUGACUGCAAUUCCGACUUCGCUGUGCUGUCGAGGGUGCUCCAGGAUGAUCCGCCUUCCUUACCCAUUGACAGUAACUUUACGCCUGAAUUCCAUUAUUUCAUCAAUAGUUGCCUCACUAAAGAUUACCACCAGAGACCAAAGUAUAAGAGACUGCUCCAGUAUCCGUUUUUGACCCGCUACGAAACGAAGUAUGUUGAUGUCGCUUCAUGGUAUGCGGAAGCUACGGCGCUGUCAGCAAGGUAG